ACUCUCUGGACUGCAACUUGACUCCAUGCACCAGGCGCAGCACCGCAAUCCACGACACUCGAGCCAGGGUGAUGUUGACUGAUAAACUGCUGACCCUGGUGCUGGUGGUGCAGCCCGGCCGGGUGUUGUUGGGCAUGAAGAAAAGAGGCUUUGGAGCUGGCAAAUGGAAUGGGUUUGGAGGGAAAGUCUAGCCAGGAGAGACUAUAGAGCAGGCGGCCAGACGGGAGUUGCUAGAGGAAAGUGGCCUCACCGUUGACACCCUCCACAAGAUUGGAAAUAUCAAAUUUGAGUUUAUUGGGGAAACAGAACUGCUGGAUGUCCACAUUUUUAGAGCUGACACCUAUAAAGGAGUGCCAACCGAAUCAGAUGAGAUGAGGCCACAGUGGUUUGACACAGAUAAAAUACCUUUCAUCCAGAUGUGGGCAGAUGAUGUCCUGUGGUUCCCACUGAUGCUUCAGAAAAAGACGUUCUUGGGAUAUUUUAAAUUCCACGGUCAUGAUGUGAUAGUGGAGCAUAAACUGGAGGAAGUGGUGGAUGUGUGAUUGGGGUUUGAACACCACUGAUGAACACCGCCACUGUAUCAGUGGAAAUUAUCCAACUACAUGGUUUCUUGGAUACGAUGUCAAAUCAUGAUAUGAAAUGCUGUAGUUUAAUGUAAUAAAUGUACAGCAUUUUGUAUAAGCACACUUUUUUUGCAUGGCUAAAUAGCGUUAUCUGUUAGUUUGGGGUUCCAUUUAUUUUUAGGGUUAAAUUCACACAUCUUCUGUAUUCUGAUGUUUUGUUUUUACCACCUUCUUUGUUCAUCAUUCCUACAACGAUUGUUCAGUAGAGUACACCAAAAAUCAUACCUUUCUUAUCAAGAUCUUUACUAUUCAUCUACCUGUCAUCUACUAAAUAAAGUACUUGA